AACCUUAAAUAACAAAACUAUAUAACCAUAUGAACGUUUUUUAUACCGGAGAAAUACAAGUAGUAUAUAAAGAAUAAAAAUAUAAUAUGAUAUUUGAUACAGGAUCUACCGACAUUUUUUUAAAUUCAGUACUUUGUAAAGAUAUAGGAUAUUAGAAAGGAAAUCAAUACAAUUCAACACUUUCACCAACGUAUAAAAAUAUAGAUGCGGAAACAUAUUCGUAUUUUGGAAGUGGAGAAAUAGGAGGGAAAAUGGCAAUUGAUACAUUUUUUGUUUCAGGUUAAGAAGUGAAGAAGGUUUAGUUUUUUCAAAUAACAAAAGAUUUUGGAUAAGCAUUCGAAUCGGGAUAAUUUGAUGGUUUAAUAGGAUUAGCUUUUCCUUAACUUUCAGGAAAUUAAAAAACUAUAGUAGACUAUAUGAAAUAUUAAGGAUUAAUUAAAGAAAAAAAGUUUAGUUUUUAUUUAGAUAGAAAAAACGAAUCAAAAGAAUCCUAUCUUGAUUUUGGAAAAGUAGAUAAAAAAAUUGUAGAUGGGGAAAUUAAUUAUCAUUAAGUCGCAAAUCCUCUGUAUUGGAGUAUUCUGGCAGAAGGAUUUCUUUUAAAUGAUUAUGAUAUUGGAUUAUGUAGUAACGAUCAUAAGUGUGUUCUUAUGAUUGAUUCUGGAACUAGUUUAGUUACAGGUCCAAGUUAAGAUAUGUAAAUUCUGACUUAAUAUUUAAAUGAUUAAGGAUUAUAAUGUAAAGAUAUUAGCUAAAUGCCUACUCUUACAUUUAUAAUUGAUAAAAUUUAUUAUCAUAUUUAACCUGAAGAAUAUGUUAUAACUUUUAAAGGAAUAGAAUAAUCUGUAUAUGAACAUAAUAAAAAUCCAACUGAAUGCAUAAAUGGAUUACUUCCUAUGGAUAUAUAAGAUACUUUGUUGGAUAGUUUCUGGAUUAUUGGUGAUUUAAUUAUGUCUAAAUAUCUUACAAUUUUUGAUAUGGAUAAGCUAAGAGUAGGAUUUGGAAAAUUAAAAUCUUAUGAUAAGGAUUUUUAUGAAGAUCUUAAUUUUAAAAAAAAUAUUUUGAAUUUUUUUUUUUUAAUUAUAAAAAAUUAUAUAUAAAUAUUAGGAAUAUCUAAGUAAUCUAAUUUACAAUUUUUUCAUAAAAAGCCAGCAUGA